AUGCACGUCUCCUCGCAAUGUUUUCACAACUACGCUUCACCGCUGCCGAGCGGAGCGAACGCUGCAUAUCCUACAGGAGGCGGCUCGGCCGCGGCUUACGCGAUGCAGGCGCUGCCCGGUCAGGCGCCCUUCGGUCCCGCAGCAGCCCCCGGUAGGCAACAGCUACUCUCAGCGGAGGCCAUUGCCAUGCACCAGCAGAUGGAGCACCAGCUUGGGUUUGGUGCUGACCUGCAGGCACCUUGGAAUGGCCUCCAAGCUUCUCACCAGCCCUACAUGGGGCAGACUGCGCCCUCUACAGGGAUGAUAGGCUUUGCCCCCUUCACGCAGCCGCUGCCAAGCCAAGGGCCCUUCACCUUCCACGGACCUGGGCGGGGCCAGCAACCCAUGACCCAGGCCUCGGCCUUGUCCUCGGGCUCGCUGGAUGUUACAAGCAGCUCAGUGCCACAGAUGCCGACGACGCUGCCAACUUCCGUCUCCUCGGCCGCUCCGGGCGAGAGGUCGCAGAAGCGGUCGAAGCUGUGCAAGCAGGCCUUCGACUUUGUGGAUGCCUUGAGGACGGGCCACAUUGACUGCAGCCGAGAGCUCGGGCACGCUCUGGCGAACGGAGCUAUGACUCUGGCCGGAGUUUUCAAGUGGCAGGCUCUCUUUUGGCUCAGAAGUUGUAUGUCCAACAAGACUAAGAUGACUUCCUUCGCUGUGUUGCUCGCCCUGGCGAGUGUGGCGCAUGCAGCAGGAGCCCCAGAUUGGUGCAAGUGGGUGCCGUCUGCCUCCCUGCAAUAUGUGGGGGAGUGCUCCGGGGCUGCGCCGGCUCCGCAGCAGGGCUUUGGCUACGGAGACGGACCAGAUGGCUGUGUCAACUGGUGCGUGUGGGUCCCGGGCAAAGAUUGGCAUCAGACCAACGAGUGCAAGAGGUGUGCGGAGUACUAUCCGGUGGAGCCAAUGGGCGCCCAUGCAGGCUGCGAAGGCUGGUGCCAGUGGGUGUCGCAACCCUCGUGGCAGUACAUGGACAACUGCAGGGGGUGCCGUGCAAAACAGGCAUCAAUGAAAGCAGCCGUCCCGGAUAGCAGCGGUUCAGCGAAGCUUGCAGGCGAGAAGAUGGCGACUGGAGCUCCGGAUUGGUGCAAGUGGGUGCCGUCUGCCUCCCUGCAAUAUGUGGGGGAGUGCUCCGGGGCUGCGCCGGCUCCGCAGCAGGGCUUUGGCUACGGAGACGGACCGGAUGGCUGUGUCAACUGGUGCGUGUGGGUCCCGGGCAAAGAUUGGCAUCAGACCAACGAGUGCAAGAGGUGUGCGGAGUACUAUCCGGUGGAGCCAAUGGGCGCCCAUGCAGGCUGCGAAGGCUGGUGCCAGUGGGUGUCGCAACCCUCCUGGCAGUACAUGGACAACUGCAGGGGGUGCCGUGCAAACCAGGCAUCAGUGAAAGCAGCCGUCCCGGAUAGCAGCGGUUCAGCGAAGCUUGCAGGCGAGAAGAUGGCGACUGGAGCUCCGGAUUGGUGCAAGUGGGUGCCGUCUGCCUCCCUGCAAUAUGUGGGGGAGUGCUCCGGGGCUGCGCCGGCUCCGCAGCAGGGCUUUGGCUACGGAGACGGACCAGAUGGCUGUGUCAACUGGUGCGUGUGGGUCCCGGGCAAAGAUUGGCAUCAGACCAACGAGUGCAAGAGGUGUGCGGAGUACUAUCCGGUGGAGCCAAUGGGCGCCCAUGCAGGCUGCGAAGGCUGGUGCCAGUGGGUGUCGCAACCCUCGUGGCAGUACAUGGACAACUGCAGGGGGUGCCGUGCAAACCAGGCAUCAGUGAAAGCAGCCGUCCCGGAUAGCAGCGGUUCAGCGAAGCUUGCAGGCGAGAAGAUGGCGACUGGAGCUCCGGAUUGGUGCAAGUGGGUGCCGUCUGCCUCCCUGCAAUAUGUGGGGGAGUGCUCCGGGGCUGCGCCGGCUCCGCAGCAGGGCUUUGGCUACGGAGACGGACCAGAUGGCUGUGUCAACUGGUGCGUGUGGGUCCCGGGCAAAGAUUGGCAUCAGACCAACGAGUGCAAGAGGUGUGCGGAGUACUAUCCGGUGGAGCCAAUGGGCGCCCAUGCAGGCUGCGAAGGCUGGUGCCAGUGGGUGUCGCAGCCCUCCUGGCAGUACAUGGACAACUGCAGGGGGUGCGGUGCACACAAAGCCUCCGAAAAAGCAGCCGAGCCAUCAGGUGACCAAGCGAAGGCUGCGGACGACUCGCGACCGAUCCUGCCGUGA